AUGCUGGGUAGGCUUAUUCUUGUUUCAAUCUUCCUAGGGCCUGUAAUGGGAAUCUUCGACCUCGGAUUUUUCCCUUCGUUGUUCCGUUCCCAGAAAGGAGCCAUACUUCCCAACGACGAACGUGUCAAUAUCCCCUCUUGCCCACCCCAAACUUUCAACGAUAUGGAAAGACACAACCCUCGCAAUGGAUCAAUAGUAUUUAGUUACCCGUCCACUGGUGGUAUUCUGGUCCGCUCAGCUGGACCCGUCGAGCUGGAAGACGAGUUUUGUAAGCGGUUUGGGCGAAUUGGGCCUCAGUGGUGGGCGACUAAGGCUGAGCUGAUGGACGCAGAGCUUGGGGAGGGUAGUGAUGCUGCCAAAAAGAAAUUGGCGAAGAGAGUCGAAACGGGCUGGCCGAGCUCGAGACAGGGAGUUUGGGUUCUUGAGUACGACCUGGAGGAUCGAGCUCAUUACGAACUAAGAAUGGGAGCGUCACUGCUCAACAAUUGCCUUAAUAUGGAUGAGAGGUGUAAGAUCAUUGAAGAUCUCGGAGGAACUUUCUAUUCUAACCCAGAUGACUCCUACGCUGUUUCACGCGGCCUUCUGGUAGUCGUCAAGAAUGCCAGGAAUUCCUAA